AUGCCUAUAAGACCUAUUAAUCAAGGGCCGUCAGGAACCCCAUUGUCUUGGAGGUUAAGGGAAGAACCUAUCCCAACUUGGUUUAGGCAGCCAAAUGACAUGAAGACAUAUGAUGGAAGCUCGGAUCCCAAGGAGUUUGUAAUAGUAUUCCGAGCAGCGAUGUCAUUGUGUGCAGAGUCAGACUCUCGAUUAUGUAGGACAUUCCUCGUUUUUCUAAGAAAACAGGCAUUGGAGUGGUUUACGACCUUACCAGACAAUUCAAUUGAUAGUUGGGCAGAACUGUCACUGCGGUUUACACAACAGUUUGCUCAUUGUGGACCCCAACCUCAAACUACACACAAUUUAUAUGGAGUAAGGCAAAAGCCCAGGGAGAAGUUGAGAGAAUAUUAUGAGCGCUUUCAAGCAGAAGCUAGACAAGUCAGGGGGCUGGAGAAUCAAACAUAUUUGUUGUUAUUCACUACUGGGUUACAACCCGGAGGACUGGCAAACUCAUUAGCUAAAAAGAGUCCAGUUACGAAGGAAGAGUUGUUGGCAAGAAUUCGGAAGUACAUCCAUUUGGAGGAAUUUAAAACCUCUCAAAAGCAGAUUGAACAAGGUUUUCGUGAGGCAACGCAGAAUAGGAGGCCAGAUAGACCUGCAGGGAUAGGUCAGUUUGAAGAAAGGCGGCCUCGACUAGUCGGAGAAAGAUUUCGGGAAGCAUACAAGAAGGAGUUUACGCUGUUGAACACUUCUAUAGCUCAGAUAUUGAAGGAGGUGAUGACUACAUAA